AUGACAGGUCUGCUAAAGAAACAUGGCAUUAUUCACAAGGUGGCAACGACUUACCACCCCCAAACUAAUGGGCAAACCGAGGUGUCUAAUAGAGAGAUCAAACGCAUACUAGAGAAGAUUGUGAAGCAUCAUAGAAGGGACUGGAGUACUAGACUUGCAGAUGCGCUUUGGGCUUAUAGGACAGCUUACAAGACGCCCAUCGGAAUGAGUCCAUCCCACCUAGUCUACGGAAAGUGCCUUCGACUAGAAGCGUAUGAGAACUCAAGGCUCUACAAAGAAAGGGUGAAGGUGGUGCAUGACAAGAACAUCAAGAGAAGAGAGUUUAGAGCUGGGGAUUUAGUCCUCCUCUAUAACUCAAGGUUGAAACUCAUGUCGGGCAAGUUGCGAUCAAAGUGGGAAGGACCCUAUAGGGUGGAAAAGGCUGAGCCAUAUGGAGUCUUCCACCUGAGUCACCCUUCAAGCCCCACCUUUUUCAAGGUCAAUGGCCACCGCUUGAAGCUAUACCAUGGUGAGAAGAUGAAGAAUAACAAGGAUCUGGAGAUCUUCCUUUUGGCGGAUCCAGCAACGGAAGAAGACUGA